GAAGCCGAAAGACCGAGUCCAACGUCACCAUUCAUCUGCCAGUGGCUGACUGACUGUAUGGCUUUAAAAAGUUCCAUGGAGAACAUGGACAUCUGACGUGCGUCAUUGGACACAUCGAGCCACUCGCUCUCUCUCUCUCUUUUCUCCAUCACGCCGUGGACCCCCACCGCCCCCACCCCCCACGCUCUUUGGCUGUGGAGUAAGAAGAAGUGUUCGGCAGUUGUCAUUUGCCCUGACACCGGCUACAUCCAGUAGCUCCCUGCAUCCGAGGGAACCGCCGCCACACCGCGACACCAGUGCCUGUUGUGCUGCGCAUUUGUUGUGCGCUGCCCUCGCUGUUUGUGCGCCUCAAGGUGGGAGACGUAUUGUGUCAGCGCCGACAUCCUGCGUGAAAAAAAAGAGCCUGUGAUCCAUCCGGACAAAUCGACCCGCACCAGAGAGACGACACGGUGACGCGUCGGGUUUUUCGGGGGGUGUUUGUUGUUGUUGCAACUUUAAAUCCCCGUCAACCCGAACACCCGUCACCUAAAGUGUCUCCCUUCGAAUGGUCACGUCCGCGCUUUUUCCCCCCUUCUCUUCUUUCUUCUCCCCCUCUCUCCCGUCGCCCUGUUCCACGUUGCAACAACAACAUUUUGUUGUUGUUGUUGUAAUUUGUUGAGCAUUCACAAACUGCACCAGCGGCCACACAUGUGAAUGAGACGCGCAUCACCUGUCCCAGCCGAAGCGCCCGCGUGUCCAACCCGACCGACUGACCGACACCGAAGAGGAAUACGUGCCGAAGUUUCGCUGUAGUGAUGCUGCAAAUGGAAAUGGUCAUCUUCCUCUGCCUGGUGCUGUUGAUGUGUGUAUUUAGCCAGGAGCCCAGUUCCAAAGUGGUGGCCGACCGCUUCGCCGUCUUCUGGAACCGGACCAACGCCAAGUUCCACCGUGGAGACUACCACAUCGACGUGUGCAUAAACGACUACCUGGACGUGUACUGUCCUCACUAUGAAGAGUCGGUGCCCGAGGAGCGCACCGAGCGCUACGUCCUCUACAUGGUCAACUACGACGGCUACAGCACGUGCGACCACACCGCCAAGGGCUUCAAGCGCUGGGAGUGCAACCGGCCGCACUCCCCGAACGGGCCGCUCAAGUUCUCCGAGAAGUUCCAGCUCUUCACCCCGUUCUCCCUGGGCUUUGAGUUCCGACCGGGCAGAGAGUACUACUACAUAUCCUCCACCAUUGCUGAGAACGGGAGGAAAACAUGCCUGAAGCUCAAAGUUUUCGUCCGACCAUCAAACAGCUGUGUGAAAACUAUAGGCGUACAUGACCGCGUUUUUGAUGUAAACGACAAAGUAGACAAUACAUUAGAACCACGAGACGACACCAGCCACGAACCGGCUGAGCCUUCCCGAAGUGACGAGACGAAUGCUGCGCCGCACCUGCAGAACACAAGUCCACUCCCGGCUUUGUUGCUGGUCUGCCUAUCAGCACUCUUCACUUUAUAGCGCCUCCCUCUGUCCGCGGAGGGCAUUUACACCUAGCGUGGCCUGAAGCUGCCCGAGGCUGCAGGGAAGUGGCGGGAUUUGCGUGGAGCGUGUUUGCCUGAUUGGGCACCAGCGCAGGCUUCUCAAGGAACCCUCUAUUUUUUUCAGAAAUAUAUUUAAGUGGUCUUUUCUCCGUCUGUGAGUGAAACAAGUUGAUGUUGGAAGUGGGAGAGACAGUUCCCCCCUCUUAAACUUUCAACUAAGAUGCCAAAUCCUGUUUUUUGACACUUAGUGAUUCUUGUUUUCCGUUUACAUCAUGUUUUAUGUCAUUGCAGCACUGAUGUUUACCCCCACACACACACAGACACACACGGACACACACAUCCAGCACAUACACAGACACAUGCUUCGAGAGUCAAACACGCGACAUUGAACUACACGGACAGUCUAUAGCAGCAGGUUUUUUGUUUUUUUUGUUUGUUUUUUACAGUUGUAUACAGUAGCAGCAGUAGAAAAGUGAAGAUAAUAGGUCUUAGAAAGAACUGUACAUACACCAAUGAAAAGUUGUCCCGAGACCUCUCAAGAAGCCUUUCGGAAAAUGUCUUGAUCAAGUUCUGCUGGGUUAAAAGUGCAAAGCUGAAAAAUGAAGAUGUAAGAAAAGUUUUACGCAGAUCAGACUGCGAACCAAAGCACUGAGAAGUACAUGGCACCUCAGACUGCCCCGUUUACAAGAUAGCGCCCUGUUUUCUCUUGAAUACAGAGUGUGUGUUUAGGUGAAUAAGCUGCUUGAGCGAGUGCGUGUAAAGCCGAUGGAAACGCGAGGCAUCUUUUUUUCUCUCGCCCUCCUUAAGAGCACACCAGCCAGCUCAAUAAAACACCUCUCAAAACACAUUCGCUUCACCGCGACUCCCGAAACCGCUAAAUUGAAACUUUCUCACCGGACACUUUGCUAUUGAGAUCGAGGAUCAAUACCUUUUUGAAAGUUGAUCACACAAUUUCACGGCAAUAGUCACAGUCAUUUAAUGCAAUGUUUACUGAGCAGGGCUGCAAUUGUUCUCUCCGUUCCAUUGGACUAUUAGUCGAUAUUAACACUCCCAUAAGCAUUUGCAUUCACAGCUUUCUUUUCACUUAUAUUGAUUGUUUAAGUGAUUGUUUGAAAAAAAAAAAAGAAGAAACAAAAAAAAAGAUGUGCAGAUAAAUUGGAGACUUUGUUUUCUUCCUAACUUUAAAGUUAUUUAACUUUUAUUUUUGCCAAAUUACGUCCCCAAAACAAUGACAGUGGAGACACUAUCAACUUUGCAUUUUUGUACUUUCUGAAAUCCACUUAAAUUAGAACAAUGACAGAUGUCAUGGGAAAGUGUUUGACACUUUAAUUCACGCAUACCUUUUCUCACGUCUGUGUCACCUAAACCACAGCUAUUACACGUCAAGUAUUAGUGAGCUGGCCAUCGCGUUCAGUUUAGUGCAGCAGUUAGUGCAGCGUUCGCAGGACUUAUAGCUUCAGUUAGUUGAAAACACGUAGUGUGAAUGGAGAAGGUAUCCAUUUAGUUUAAGGCAAGGCACAGCUCUAUUUAGUCUGUCCAGGUUUAUGUUAGCACUUACAUGAAAAAUAAAUUCACUGUUUUCUUCUAAUGAUAUUCAGCAUCCUUCAGCUCCCACAGAUGCCCAUGCUGAGUUAGCAUAAUGAAGGCUAUUCUGUCUCUUUUCAAACGAAAAAAAAAAGAGACUUGUUUCUGCUUGCUUUCAAAGAAAAUGUGGAUGGACAGAGAAAUGAACUCCCUCCUUUAAGAGACAGGUUUUUGCAUGAGAAAUAUUCACUAGCUGGUUUGGAAAGAGAGAAAUAGAGCAAGAAAAGGAGCACCAGAGCAAUUGCGUGUCCACCGUCAGCUCCUAGUGUUACAGGUUUAAGUGACUCUUUAAUGAGGUUCAAAAUGACAGGCACGUGGACCCCAUGUUGUGGCAAGGGGAGUUAUUCCUGGUAUUAAAAAUAGA